UAGCGGUGAUCGAUCCGUUGAAGUGCGGGGGAUGGGAUCACACGGACUCGUUUGCUCGUCUGAGUUCAUUAAACUUUGCUGUUUAUUUUACAUUUCACAAUUUGGAUGAGAAGAAUCGCGGUCACUGCGCUGGCUCCGAUAUCCGGACAGAAGAGAGAAGGACGACGGCCGUGAACAUGGGAUCGGUGAACAUGGGAUCGGUGAACAUGGGAUCGGUGAACAUGGGAUCGGUGAACAUGGGAUCGGUUUUAUUUCUGCUGAUUGUAUGUAUUUGUUGGACGCAAACAAACGCAGCGUAUAACUGCACCGCCUGCGAGAAAAGGAAAUGCCCCCCAUUACUUACCCCCUGUGGGGGGAGAAGAGCAAUCGAUCCGUGUGGGUGCUGCAAGCAUUGUGCCAAGGAAGGGUAUGAAGUAUGUGGGGGGCCAGACUGGGAGCUCGGCUACUGCGACCGGGGCCUAAGGUGUGCCAACAUCACCGGGACGGAGCUGGUGGAGAUCCCCAAUACUGGGAUAUGUAAAGUAUUUCCGGGUCGGCCACAAAAGGAAUAUUAUGAGGAUGACGAUGAAAAUUGCCCGGUACAAACCGGCUGUUACCGGAUGAUGGGGACUUGCGAAUGUCCCGGCAAACGCACCUGUGUCCUCGACUUCCAACUGGACAAGUACGACCGUCUGCAUUGCGAUCCUUUCUACUUCGAUAACCCGGAAUUCGCUCAUCUGUACGAUUAUAAAUGUUCCCGGAGCGGAUGUGACUCGGUGGGGGACGAAUGUCUCUGCUCCUCCGGCGGAUGUGAUCGAACGUUUCAGUUCCCAGGUUUGGCUUCAUGUUAUAAAUCUCGAAUGAAGCGCCUGUGUGCCAAUGUGACUUGUCCAGAGGUAAAAGUCCCGACCUGCCCCCCGGACUCCGUGCUCACCAAGCCUCAUACCCCCUAUGGAGAGUGCUGCCCCACCAUCCCCAGCUACUGUACAUGUCACUUUGAACGUUGUGUGAAUAAUUGCCCCAAUGGGAAAAGAAAGGUCACUAUUUUGAAGACGAAGGGGGAGCCGGGAUCGUGCUGCGACCUCAACCUAUGCCUGCUCUGAUCGAAUAAUCCCCGAGGAUGGAAGCCUGUGGCCAAUCAGGAAGAGCUGUGAUUUCUCUUAAUUAUCGAUCAGCUUUCAUCUCUAAUAUCUCCUAAAUGUGAGAGACACAAAGUGUCACAUAAUUGUGAA